GGUGGGGAUCCUCAUCUUGUCCUGUGUACACACCGUGUAGUGUUGCUGGGGAUCCUCAUCUUGUCCUGUGUACACACCGUGUAGUGUUGCUGGGGAUCCUCAUCUUGUCCUGUGUACACAGCGUGUAGCGUUGCUGGGGAUCCUCAUCUUGUCCUGUGUACACACCAUGUAGUGUUGCUGGGGAUCCUCAUCUUGUCCUGUGUACACAGCGUGUAGCGUUGCUGGGGAUCCUCAUCUUGUCCUGUGUACACACAGUGUAGCGUUGCUGGGGAUCCUCAUCUUGUCCUGUGUAGUAGAGACAGCUGGCAUUCUUAUGUAGCAGCAGCUGCUCGUGUGUCUGAUCCGCCCUGUCCUGCCCCCUCCCUGCCUCCGCCUGGACUCUGGGAUUGGAGGAGGGAAGGGGGGGCCGUCCAGGCAGACUCGCCUUUCAUUCAUUGUCUGGUUGGUGAACGCAGUCAGCAUGGAGGCUGAACGAGGGGGCUGAGCGAGGGGCUGAGUGUGGACAAUGUGGAGCUGAGGGACUCAACAACAGGAGGCUCUGGCCUGGAGCAACUCUUCCUGAGAGUGCCGAGACGUCCCGACCGUCUGUGCCGGAUCUACCACAAAGAUCCUCAGAACUCCCCCACCCAACAUUAGACCUGUGGGAUAGAGCAGGAGGACUGAGAGACAGCCUGGACCACAACUCAGAGAGACAGCCUGGACCACCACUCAGAGAGACAGCCUGGACCACCACUGAGGACUGAGAGAGACAGCCUGGACCACCACUGAGGACUGAGAGAGACAGCCUGGACCACCACUGAGGACAGAGAAUCCCACCAAAUGAUCCAAAAACAGCCACAGUUCCAGCAGAGGACUGAAGCAGAAGAUCUUUAGGUACAAAGAGCCGAGACUGACUUUUCAAUAACCGGAAUAAGAGACAGUCUACUUCGAGACAUCCUAACUCUGACUAAGCUCAACUCUCCAACAAAAGACCAAGCGUCAGUCACAACACAGGACUUACAGACAGCCUCAUUCUGCAGCGGAGGGUCAGUGUGAGAGACAGCCUCGCUUCAUCGGAGGCUCAGUAUAAGAGACAGCCUCGCUUCAUCGGAGGCUCAGUAUAAGAGACAGCCUCGCUCCAUCGGAGGCUCGGUGUAAGAGACAGCCUCAUUCUGCAGCGGAGGGUCAACAGAGAAAUUAGGGACGGCUUUACUUCCCAAAACUUGGGACAACUGGAAUCCCACAAGAAGGUCAGGAGACCUCCUAACAGAGGACCAAGAGACCCGACCUACAACCUGAGAGACUGAAUACCGCAACAUAGUGCCAGGGGACAGAGACAGCUUCCCUCCAGGAAAGACUAGUAUCAAAGACAGCCUCGCUCCAUCGGAGGCUCGGUGUAAGAGACAGCCUCGCUCCAUCAGAGGCUCGGUGUAAGAGACAGCCUCGCUCCAUCAGAGGCUCGGUGUAAGAGACAGCCUCGCUCCAUCGGAGGCUCGGUGUAAGAGACAGCCUCGCUCCAUCGGAGGUCAGGUGUAAGAGACAGCCCCGCUCCAUCGGAGGUCAGGUGUAAGAGACAGCCUCGCUCCAUCGGAGGUCAGGUGUAAGAGACAGCCUCGCUCCAUCGGAGGUCAGGUGUAAGAGACAGCCUCGCUCCAUCGGAGGUCAGGUGUAAGAGACAGCCCCGCUCCAUCGGAGGCUCGGUGUAAGAGACAGCCUCGCUCCAUCGGAGGUCAGGUGUAAGAGACAGCCCCGCUCCAUCGGAGGUCAGGUGUAAGAGACAGCCUCGCUCCAUCAGAGGCUCGGUGUAAGAGACAGCCUCGCUCCAUCGGAGGCUCGGUGUAAGAGACAGCCUCGCUCCAUCGGAGGCUCGGUGUAAGAGACAGCCCCGCUCCAUUGGAGGUCAGGUGUAAGAGACAGCCUCACUCCAUCGGAAGCCUAGAGUCAGAGAUCGCUGUGGUGAAGCUGGUAGAGGACCCCUGGGAGGUCCAGCCUUCACUUCGUCUUCUUAUCACAUUGGCUCCUGGCUGUGGAGAAGUUGCUGAAAACACAAGACUAGCAACGCAGAUCCUGGCCAGUCCAAGGCUGUCCCUUCCCCCCCUCUGGACAUGACCUCAGGAAACGGCUCAUCUCCUCUGCCGGCGGCCGCCACCGGCACCACCCCCCAGAACGGUGAGAACAAACCGCCACAGGCCGUGGUGAAACCGCAAAUCCUCACUCACGUCAUCGAAGGUUUCGUCAUCCAGGAGGGGGCUCAGCCGUUCCCGUCGCACCGGAGCAGAGCCGCCCCAGAGGUGGGGCGCUCCUCUCCACUGGCGGGGGAGAAGUGUCCGCAGGGGGUUCUGACUGAGAAGCUGCCCCAGCAGGAUAACAACACCACAACCACCACCACCGACUCGGAGAUAGAAGAGCCCAGCGUGCCAGAACCAAAGAGUGAUGGGGAUCCUCCUAAACUAAAGUGUGAGCUCUGCGGUCGAGUGGACCUUCAGUACAAAUUUAAACGUUCAAAGCGGUUUUGUUCCAUGGCCUGUGCAAAGAGGUAUAAUGUUGGCUGCACGAAGAGAGUGGGGCUCUUCCAUCCCGACCGAAGCAAACUGCAGAAACCUCUGAAUCACACCCGCAGGAGAUCACGGAAGGGCAGUCUGACCGAUCUCACUACUGACUGCAUAAAGCAGGUAUCGGGAUCGAUCACUGCCUCCAGUCCCGCAACUCUUUCAGUCUCCUCCACCCUCAAACACACCAACAGCCAGGAGGACUCCAGCCGCUGCUCCGACAACUCCAGCUACGAGGAGCCACUGUCUCCAAUUUCUGCCAGCUCCUCCCUCUCCCGCCAGCGCCAACGAGACAUGGAAAUGACAGGUCUCCACCCACACAUGAACCACACCUUCUUACCCAGCGACCCGACCAAGUGGAACGUGGAGGACGUGUACGAGUUCAUCCGCUCCUUGCCAGGCUGCCAGGAAAUCUCGGAGGAGUUCCGGACUCAGGAGAUCGAUGGCCAGGCUCUUCUUCUUCUGAAGGAGGAUCACCUGAUGAGCGCCAUGAACAUCAAACUGGGUCCCGCCCUGAAGAUCUACGCCCGUAUCGGUAUGCUGAAAGACUCCUGACCACAGCGAUCCACAGAGACUACGCGCUCCGAUCCACCAUUUCAAAGGAUCCGGAUCCUAGACGAAUCCACCUCCCCUCCCCCCGCCGGGAGGGCCGUUAUUUAUAGACCUUUUCUUUUAUACUUUGUUGGUAUUUUUAUGAAGAAAUUCUAUUUUGCAGAACA